UCCAUCCCUCUCCACCACCUUCUCUCUAUUCACAUUUCCUGUCAGGUCCUCUUCUUCUUCGUUAACUCCGAAGGGAGAUCCAUGGCCGUCGCCAACUGCACCGGCAAGGCCUUCGUGGUGAGCUUCGGCGAGAUGAUCAUCGACUUCGUGCCGACGGUGUCCGGCGUCUCGGUGGCCGAGGCCCCGGGGUUCGUGAAGGCCCCCGGCGGCGCCCCGGCCAACGCCGCCAUCGCGGCGGCCAGGCUCGGCGGCCACGUGGCCUUCAUCGGGAAGCUCGGCGCCGACGAGUUCGGGGUCAUGCUGGCCGGGAUUCUCAAGGAUAACGGUGUCGAUGAUAAGGGCGUGGUUUUCGACGACACGGCGAGGACCGGUCUCUCCUUUGUGACGCUUGGGAAGGACGGCGAGCGUGACUUCAUGUUCUACCGCAACCCGAGCGCCGACAUGCUGCUUAGAGAGUCUGAGCUUAACCUGGAUCUCAUCAAAAGGGCUACAAUUUUUCACUUUGGAUCAAUAAGCCUAAUUGAAGAGCCUUGCCGAUCAACUCAGUUGGCAGCGAUGGAGAUAGCAAAAAAGGAAGGGGCAUUGCUUUCUUUCGACCCAAAUCUCCGUCUACGAUUAUGGGAGUCCCCGAAGGUUGCACAGGCCCUUAUCAUGGAGAUUUGGAAGCAAUCCAACAUCAUUAAGGUCAGUGAUGCCGAGGUUGAGUUCCUAACCAACAAGGACACAGUCGAAGAUGAUGCUGUUAUGAACCUGUGGCACCCAGAAUUGAAGCUUUUGCUGGUGACUCUUGGGGGGAAGGGAUGCAAAUACUACACCAAGGACUUUCGAGGGACUGUCAAUGGGAUUGCUGUGAAGGCAAUCGAUACGACGGGGGCUGGCGAUGCAUUCGUCGGUGCGAUGCUUAGAAAGAUUGCUGAUGACCAAUCUGCAUUGCAAGAUGAGGAGAAACUGAGGGAAGUGCUGAGAUUUGCCAAUGCUUGUGGAGCUAUAACGACGACAAAGAGAGGAGCUAUUCCUGCUUUGCCAGUGGAAGCUGAAGUCCUGGAGUUGCUGGAGAGAGCUUAAAACUCUCGAAGAUUUCCUUUUUGUUUGUAAAUGUCUCUUUGCUAAGCUUGCUGCAGUUUACUUAGCAGUUCUAAGAAGCCAUCCCCUAUCGUUGCUCCCUUUGUUCUCCUUGUACUCCCUUCUGCGGAAGAAUAUCUAUUCUAUAUAUUUAUAUAUAUCAGUUUGCUAAUUAAUUUGUAGUAAAAUUUAAGUUGAUGU